CAGCAGAUCAGCAGCCAAACCCCCUCCCUCACCCCACAGCGUGAGUGCAUCUCCAUCCACGUGGGCCAAGCGGGCGUGCAGAUCGGCAAUGCCUGCUGGGAGCUGUACUGCCUGGAGCACGGCAUCCAGCCCGACGGGCAGAUGCCCAGCGACAAAACCAUCGGCGGGGGGGACGACUCCUUCAACACCUUCUUCAGCGAGACGGGGGCUGGCAAGCACGUGCCCCGUGCCGUCUUUGUGGACCUGGAACCCACUGUGAUCGAUGAGGUGCGCACGGGGACGUACCGGCAGCUCUUCCACCCCGAGCAGCUGAUCACGGGCAAGGAGGAUGCGGCCAACAACUACGCCCGGGGGCACUACACCAUCGGCAAGGAGAUCAUCGACCUGGUGCUGGACCGCAUCCGCAAGCUGGUGGGUGCAGCGCCGUGGGGACACGUGCAUCGUUGGGUCCCCCCCCACCCCGUGGGACCGAGGGGCAGCACGGAGCUGUGCUGUGGGGCUCCGGGUGCACUGGAGCCCCUCGUCCUGCAGUGGGUGGGAUGCUGACCCCGUGCCUCUGGG